AUGACGUCACACAAACCCCUGAUUCCCAUGUUCAACAGAUCUUGUGUGAAACUCCCUCCACGGAUAGAAAAGUGGAUCAUGGAGAUGCAAGAUGUAGAUUAUGAAUUGAUAUACGUUCCGGGAAAAGAUGAGGCAGACCCAAUGGAUUAUCUUUCAAGACAUCCUCUGGAAGAGACAGAAUCAGAUGAUACAGAAAAUAUCAUUAAAAUGAUUGUUUUCAACGAACAUGGCGUUGUCACUGAUAGCAUAAAGCAAGCUACAUCUGAAGAUGAGAUUCUGCGGAAGAUCAAAGAUAUUAUGAGAAGAAACCACUGGGAAGAUUACAAAGAUCGACCAGAGAUUAAACCAUACUACUUGGUUCGGCACGAGUUAUAUCGAGCGAAUGGUCUAAUCUUACGGAACAGGCAAGUAGUGAUUCCAGAGAAGCUUCAGAGAUCAACGAUAAAAGCUGCUCACAGUAUGGGUCAUUUCGGGAUGACGAGAACCAAACAGAUGUUAAGAGAAAAAUAUUGGUUUCCGAGACUGAACUGUUUGGUUGAAGACAUAAUAUCGAGAUGUUUCCAGUGUCAGAUUUCCACUGAAGAAAAGAAACAAGAACCAGUGAAACCUACAGAGAUACCAGAAAUAGCGUGGCACACCUUAUCAGUUGACUUCGGUGGGCCAUAUCCAGAUGGACAUUAUAAUUUGGUUGCUAUAGACAAGCGAACCAGAUUUCCAGUUGUUGAAGAGACCAAGUCAACAUCAUUCAAGACGACAUCCGGACAGCUUCAGAAGAUAUUUGCUACAUAUGGUAUUCCUGAAAGAAUCGAGACAGAUAAUGGACCGCCAUUUAACUCCCUAGAUUUUCGAAAAUUUGCUGAUGAAUAUGGAUUUCAUCACCAUAGAGUUACCCCAGAACACCCCAGAGCAAAUGGAGAGGCAGAAAGAUUCAUGGAAGUCUUGAAUAAGACAGAAAAGAUUGCUCACAGUGAAGGAACAUCCACCAACGUGGCAGUUCAAAAUAUGCUUAUGGGCUACAGGUCGACUCCGCAUCCUGCUACAGGAUAUACGCCAUAUGAGGCAUUAAUGAGGCGAAAUGUGCGUACGAAACUAGACUAUCCGGGAUUUCAACAAACCAACAUCAGUAAAAUGGAGAGAGAAAUAACCAACAAGAACAAAAUAUACAAGAAGAAAUGGGAGGACCAGCAUAGACACCCGAAAACUGUCGAGAGUAGUUUCAAGGUCGGGAUGAAGUGCUUCUCAAGAAGAUGA